CACACCACUCCCAGGAGCACAGUGAGAACAUCAAAUAGACAAACACGUAGACCGGCAUAUCUUGAAGACUACGUGACUGAAAACUAAUAUAAAUGUUUGCCAUGGCAUAUGGAUCAGAAGUUGACAUUCAGGACAUGGACAACAUCACCGCCCUGAUGGAGCAAACAAUUGAGUGCAUCAGCGAAGUACAUCCUGAAUUUAUGCAAAAACAAAAAUUCCAUAUGUUGCUGCACUUACAGGAUGACAUGAGGAACUAUGGACCACCUAUUGGUUUCUGCACUGAAAGAUUUGAGGCAUUUAACUCCAUCAUCAGACAAUUGAAUAUCUUUUCCUACCGCCAAGCCAGUAGCAAAGAUAUAGGAGAAAAAUUUGCAAAGCGCCACCAACUUAAGUUCUUGAUCAGUGGGGGAUACUGGAAGAAUGGCAGCAACAGGAGAUGUGCUUCAAAAGAAUUGAUCCAAAUAACCCAGCAGCCAGCUUUUCAGAAAUUUAUGUACCAGGUGGAACCAAAAGCAUCAGGCUUAAUGCACAAGGAAAUUUACCAGCCUGGAAGCCUACGUCUGGGAAAUUGCAAAAAUGGAAAGAUGCGCAUUGUCACUGUAGACAUUCUGCCAACCACACAGGUCACAGUUCAAGAAGAUAUCAACAUGCAGAAUGUGAACUUGCAACCAAAGUGCAAAGAAUUCAAAGCAUGUGUCGCACAAGACAAGAGUCUUAUACAUAAAGGAGACGUUUUUGCAUACUACAACCGUAACAAUGAGGCUUGCUUUGGAAAAUUUUGCACAUCAGUACAAUUUUCAUUGGAUGGUGUUACAGAAAAUUGGGUGCUACUUGCAGAGUUCAAAAAGAAGAUUGAUGAUAAUGGCAAUAUAGUAUACGGGAAAUUCAGAUCACCGUUGCUUGAAGAAACAGAAACAAAAAGAUUGAUACCAUCUACAGCCUUGUUGGAGAAAGUAAGUGUGGUACAUAACUGUGACUACCAAUGUGGAUUUGUGGAUGCCGAGAUGCCUGUUGUAGAGGAAAGAGAAGUUACCAACAAAGAUAAGCAUAUAUUUGAACAUGACCAAUCUAACAAAGUACACAUGUUAAUGUUCCCUCCGAGCAACAACGUGGCGUCGUUGACAGGUCGUCAUUCCCAUUAAAUGGAACUUCGGCGGGAAAAUCCAAUAUGACGCGUAAUACGAACCCUACGUGUUUUCGUUGCCUUAGACCAGGACACUUCGCGAGGGAUUGUAGAGCAGCAAACACAACCCGAACAGUUACAUUCAAUGGAGUGCAACCAGGAACACUUGCACAACAACCAGCUUCCCAAUGAAUGGGAGAAAGAUAACUUUAUAAAUAAUGUAACCAUGGAAAAUUUUAAAUCAGGGGAGUCGUUGAAUUGUGUUAAUAGUUUUGUUAAUGUUGAGAAAUUGGACAUAAACUCGAGUUCAAAAGUGAAAGGUCGCUUACGAGAAAAUAUUUCAUUCUGGGAAAGCAUUGGUGCAAACAAUUGGGUACUAAAAAUUAUUCGGGUAGGGUAUUCCCUGCCAUUCAUUGACAUGCCUAAACAAGUGACACUAGCUAAUCACAACAGUGCACUUGGGGCAUCUAACUUUGUGUCAAAAGAAAUUGAGAAACUUUUAUUGUCAGGAGCAUUGGUCGAAGUUAAAGAACAGGAGGUGACAGUGUGUAGUCCAUUGGGAGUUGUGUAUAAUCGUUCUGGGAAACAUAGACUGAUUUUAGACUUGCGCUAUGUAAACAAGCACUUGCGAUCUUGUAAGUUCAAGUAUGAGGAUAUUCGAACAGCAACAACCCUAUUCACCCAAGGGGACUGGUUUUUCAAGUUUGAUUACACCAGUGGUUAUCACCACAUAGAGAUUUUUCCUCCCCAUACCACUUUUCUUGGUUGUUCGUGGAAAGUUAAUGGAUCUCAAAAUUUUUUUAAAUUUACUGUCUUCCCAUUUGGCCUAUCGACCGGUCCAUAUGUAUUUUCGAAGAUACAACGAGUUUUAGUGAAGCACUGGAGAGGGAAAGGUAUUAGAAUCUUUACAUACCUUGAUGAUGGUGCUGGAGCUGAGUCUAGCAAAGAGGAAGCUCAGAAAACAUCUAUGUUGGUGCAGCACGAUGUGGCACAGAGUGGGUUUGUAGCCCAUAACGACAAGUGUCAAUGGGAACCCUGUCAGUCAGGCGAGCUGCUGGGCUUUAUUAUGGAUCUGCAGUCAGGUACAUUU